AUUGCAUUUUAUUGGUUUCUUUUCUUUCUUUCUUUUUCCUUCAUCCAGAGCAUUCGUAACAGAGGCACAUUUGCCUUUUGCAACUAAGCUGUACUGAAUUCCAAAGCCAUAAAUAUCCAUUUUAACCUGGAAAGUCCUUUUCUUUGCUAGUCCAGAAGAUUUUUUAACAUGAACAAGAUCCUCUCAAGCACUCUUUGCUUUGGACUCCUAACUUUGUCAUCUGUGUUGAUCUUUUUACAAUCUGUGCGUGGACGGCCAUAUUUUACCCAAGGAAAUGAAAUACUUCCAGAUAAAAAUGAUCCAAAUCGUGAGGAACUGUUGCUGGCUCUACUGAAUAAAAAUUUUGAUUUCCAAAGACCUUUCAACACUGAUCUAGCAUUGCCUAACAAACUGGAAGAACUUAACCAGUUUUAUCAGCUGGAAAAGCUAAAAGAACAGCUAGUGGAGAAGGAUUCUGGGACGUCCUAUGCUAUAGAUGGUCUAUUCUCUUCUCAUCCUAGCAAACGAGACUCAGAUAUUCAAAGGCAUCUGAAAGGACAGAAAGAACAGUGA